UCUCUGCGUAUAUAAACCCCUUCUCCUUCCUCGUCUACCCUUCAGUCUCUCUUUCUUUCUCUCUCUCCAACCACCACACCCGCUUUUUGGCCCCGAGAGACACCCACAACACAAACUUCCUCCCCUACCCUUCGCCGGAUUCCGAACUCAUUGCCGGUUUUCCGAUCUUGUUGCCGACUUGGAAAGCACUAGAAUUUUUGCAAAAGUUGUGGUUAAUUUAUUUAUUUAUUUAUUCAUAUUUAUAUAUUUUUGGUAAGGAACCACCAUGCAAUCCGAGUCGUCGAGCACAAUGAAGGUUUCGCCUCUGGAUCUGUUAGCGGCGAUUAUAAGGGGAAAAGUCGACCCGUCGAACGUCUCGUCGGAAUCGGCCGGCGCUGAGGUCGCGUCGAUUAUAUUGGAGAACCGUGAGUUCGUUACGAUCUUGACGACUUCUAUUGCGGUUUUGAUCGGGUGUGUGGUUGCGUUGCUGUGGCGGCGAUCGAGUAGUCAGAAGCCUAAGGUAGCUGAGCCUCCUAAGCCGUUGAUCGUACAGGUACCUGAGGUUGAGGUCGAUGAUGGAAAAAAGAAGGUCACCGUUUUCUUCGGUACGCAGACUGGUACAGCUGAAGGUUUCGCUAAGGCGUUCGCUGAGGAAGCUAAAGCUCGGUAUGAGAAAGCCACGUUUAAAGUUAUUGAUUUGGAUGAUUAUGCUGGCGAUGACGAAGAAUACGAGGAGAAAUUUAAGAAAGAGAGUUUGGCAAUCUUUUUCUUGGCCACAUAUGGUGAUGGUGAGCCAACAGACAAUGCCGCAAGGUUUUACAAAUGGUUCGCAGAGGGUAAAGAGAGAGGGGAAUGGCUUCAGAAUCUGCAGUACGCAGUGUUUGGUCUUGGAAACAGGCAGUAUGAGCAUUUCAACAAGGUUGCCAAGGUAGUGGAUGACAUCCUUACUGAGCAGGGUGCUAAGCGUCUUGUUCCAGUGGGUCUUGGUGAUGAUGAUCAAUGCAUAGAGGAUGACUUCACCGCAUGGCGAGAAUUGGUAUGGCCUGAGUUCGAUCAGUUGCUUCGAGAUGAGGAUGGUACUACAACUGUUUCUACCCCUUACACUGCUGCUGUAUUAGAAUAUAGGGUUGUGUUCCACGAUCCUAUUGAUGCAUCACAAGAGAAUAAGAGCUGGAGUAAUGCAAAUGGUCAUGCUGUCUAUGAUGCUCAGCAUCCAUGCCGGGCUAACGUAGCUGUUAGAAAGGAGCUUCACACUCCUGCAUCUGAUCGUUCUUGUACCCAUCUUGAAUUCGACAUUUCGGGCACUGGUCUUUCAUAUGAGACAGGGGAUCAUGUUGGUGUUUACUGUGAGAAUCUUAGUGAAACUGUGGAAGAGGCACUGAAUUUAUUGGGUUUGUCACCUGACACAUUCUUUUCCAUCCAUACUGAUAACGAGGAUGGCACACCACUUGGUGGUAGUUCUUUGCCGCCACCUUUUGCGCCCUGCACUUUAAGAACUGCUCUGUUUCGAUAUGCAGAUCUCUUAAAUUCUCCCAAAAAGUCCGCCUUAGUUGCUUUAGCAGCUCAUGCUUCUGAUCCAACUGAAGCUGAUCGCUUAAGAUAUCUUGCAUCACCUGCUGGGAAGGAAGAAUAUUCUCAAUGGGUAGUUGCUAGUCAGAGAAGUCUCCUUGAGGUCAUGGCUGCAUUCCCUUCAGCCAAGCCCCCACUUGGUGUAUUCUUUGCUGCAGUUGCGCCACGCUUGCAGCCUAGAUACUACUCAAUCUCAUCAUCCCCAAGGAUGGCUCCUUCAAGGAUUCAUGUUACUUGUGCGUUAGUUUAUGAGAAAACACCAGCUGGCAGAAUUCACAAAGGAGUGUGUUCUACAUGGAUGAAGAACUCUGUGCCUUUGGAGAAGAGCCUUGAAUGCAGUUGGGCACCUAUUUUUGUUAGGCAAUCAAGUUUCAAACUCCCUUCUGAUACUAAAGUACCCAUAAUCAUGAUUGGCCCUGGCACUGGAUUGGCUCCUUUCAGGGGUUUCCUGCAGGAAAGACAGGCUCUUAAAGAAUCUGGAUCGGAAUUGGGACCUGCCAUUUUAUUCUUUGGGUGCAGAAAUCGUAGAACGGAUUACAUUUAUGAAGAUGAGCUGAACAACUUUGUUGAGACCGGUGUAGUUUCUGAGCUGGUUGUUGCAUUCUCACGUGAAGGACCCACCAAGGAGUAUGUGCAGCAUAAAAUGGUGGAGAAGGCCUCAGAAAUCUGGAACAUGAUAUCCCAGGGAGGUUAUUUGUAUGUAUGUGGUGAUGCCAAGGGCAUGGCUAGGGAUGUCCACCGCACUCUUCAUACUAUCGUGCAGGAACAGGGAUCCCUAGACAGCUCCAAAGCGGAGAGCAUGGUGAAAAAUCUGCAAAUGACCGGCAGGUAUCUGCGUGAUGUCUGGUGAUAGCUUUACUCUCUGUAACCAUGGGGAGAACAAUGUACACCAUAUAAAAUAUUUGCCAAACACAACUUGCUGGGAUGAAAGAAAUUUGCAAGACGGCGCAAUUUAUAAUGCCCUUCCCUUUCACCCUUGAAAGUAUUGCCAUCAUCACAAUUGGUUAUGAGAUUCUUUGACUUCCGAUGCGAAGGAUUUUUUUGUUCAUGUAAUUUAUAUAUAUACAUAUAUAAUAAUAUUAUCACUUGGGGAUAGUUUAUGGAGGACUAAUUUUUCCUUGUAAGAACCAACAAGAAAGGUUCAAAUGACAAAAAUGGUGAUGUUCUUGUUUUGCUAUAUGUAAUUGUAUUACAUGGACAUUUUAUGUUGAAGUUUGGUAUGGAAAGUAAUCAUUUCCUGCUA